AUGCUUAUUUCCUUUCCAACAAUUUUUCAUCAAAAUUUAUUGGCAUCCUUUUACUUAAUGCUUAUUUUACACGAUUCGAGAAUGUGUGUAUUUGGCCAGUAUUUGGUUGAAAUUUUGGAACACACUGUACUUGGUGGCCAUCGAGCGGUUGUCCGUUGUGAUGCAACUGGGGCGAAUUUUGGCUCUGAUAUUGCUACUUUCUCGUUUGGAAUGAAUUCUGUCGGAUGUGCUUUACCAACGGAACCUCCAUUAGCUUGUUCUGAUGUUGAAGCUUAUUAUGUUCAACAAGCAAAGCCUGUUGGCUACCAAGCAUUGAUUGUAUACAACUUUAAGGGUAAAAGUCCCAAUCCAAUGUCGGGUAGCAAAUUUGCUGAACUUAUCCAAAUUCCUGUUGUUAUGGUUAAAUUUGAAUGUAUGCAAAGUUUACUUGGCCAUUACAGCGCAGAACACGGGUAUACCGUUACAAUCAAAGCUAGUCCUGGCUACUAUGAUUUGAUCAAAUAUCUCUUUCCAUUUGUUAUUAUUGUCGGAAUUUGUUUUAUUGUUUUGUUAAUUUCUUUGUUAAUUCGUCUUUGCCGUGAAAGAAGACGUUUGGCAAGAAAGCGACUUCCUCGUUCUCAACUACGCAAAAUUCCAACAAGGAAAUAUCGAAAAGGAGAUCCAGAAGAGACUUGUGCCAUUUGUUUGGAAGAUUUCAAAGAGCCAGAUAAAUUGAGAAUUCUUCCUUGCAAACACGCCUAUCAUUGUAAAUGCAUUGAUCCUUGGCUAACCAAAAACAGGAGAGUAUGUCCUGUUUGUAAAAGAAGAGUUGGUCCUCGCAAUGUGGACAGUUCGGACAGCGAUACUGACAGUGAGAGAAUUACCCGCACUGUCUCAUCAUCGGUUGCUGAAGGUGCUGCUGGAAGCAGUUCAUCCUCAACACUUGUAACAACAACUCGUGACAACCGUCCUCUUUUACAACAUGCACAACCGAUUGCCACAAUAACUUCUAGUAGCAAUCGACGGCCAAUAGCAGAACAAAUUGUUGUUGCUUCUUUAUUCCAACAACAAAGGCAGCCACAACAACAAACACCUCAAUCAACAAGCGCCUUUUCGCGAGCAUCGAAUUUAUUACAUUUAAGCAGUAUUUUUCAUCCAUCGCGGUGUGAAGCCGUUGGAGCACAAAUUUCAUCUCCCUCCACCACAGAAACUUCAUCAACAGUUAUUGCAGAAAGUGUACCUUCUCAAACAACAACUUUAUCUUUGGACAAUCAACAACAACAGCCAAUUACUACACCAAUAACAACACAUUUUGGUGAUCGUUUACGACGAGGGAUUGCUGGAAUUGGAAGUUCUAUUGUUGAUUUGGUUCAUCGUCGCCCAACAAGUAUUUUAAGCGAAUCUAAUACACAAUUGAUCCCGGAAAAUGACGAUGAAGAAGAUUCUUUGAAUGUUAGAAGGGAGUCUGAUACACUUUCUCGUCAUACUCUUGAAACGCUAGAUGAAUCAAAUAGUAAUACAUCGCCGGAUGGUCAUUCGAUGACAACAAUUCAUUCGAAUCGAAAUCUUGUCUCAGUUACAGUUGAACUGCCAUCACCGCCCCUUCCAGGUUAUAGUUCAGUGGAAAUCAGUGAAGAAAAAACUGAUGAAUCAAAACAAAGAUUUAAUGAACAAUAA